CCACCUGGUCUCUAAAGGAUAAUUUCUUAAGACCCGAGCUCGGAGUUUACAGGGCGUCCCGGUUUAGUAGUUUAUCAUCUAAACAACACUAGAUACAGAAAUUGUUUUCGUAAGAAACGUUAAAGAGUAGGCUAAAGAAAGGUAAAUGUAUCUACCACCUGAACAUUGGAGCACGUGAAACAGUGUACUCAGUGUGUGACGCGUACGGAUUUCAUGCGCUGGGAAUUAUAUUAUAAUGGCAAUUGCGGGGUCGUUUAAAAAUACAGUUGGCUACUGGGAUUAAUUUUAAUUGGUCUAGUAUUACAACUGUAGCGUUUAUAACGGCCAAAAAGUGUGCUGUUGAACGGAUUAGUGCCGUGAUCUGUUGUGAUGUCCCCAGGCUGCACACAGCUGGUAUUGGGCGUGAGCAAACUAGCUAAUACAUCUUAUCCCGCUCAUAAUACCUGAAGUCUUAGUUUAUCCACUGGAAGCGACGACCUGAUCCACUACAAGGGCCGAGAAGAAGAAACAAAAAUAAGGAGUCUGGAUCAUUUGGGGUUUUUUGCAGGAAAGUUUCAAUUUCAGUGUGUUUUUCAUCCAGCACGUCCGUACGAACAUCGUCGAGGUGGCUACGGUAAAAACAUGGGAAACAACGUUGCCGUGGAGGAGCUCAACGCGUGCGAGAGCCACCAGUGGUAUAGGAAGUUCAUGACAGAGUGUCCGUCUGGACUUCUCACAUUUUACGAAUUCAAGCAAUUCUUCGGGCUGAAAAAUUUAUCGGAAUCUUCUGACGCGUACGUGUACACCAUGUUCAAGACAUUCGAUAUGAACGACGACGGCUUCAUUGACUUCAUGGAGUACGUGGCCGCCCUGAGCUUGGUGCUGAAAGCGGGGGUGCAGAAGAAGCUACGCUGGUACUUCAAGCUGUACGACGUCGACGGGAACGGCUGCAUCGACCGGGAGGAGCUGCUUGUCAUCAUCAAGUCCAUCCGUGCCAUCAAUGGAACCAAUCUGGAAAUGACUGAUGAAGAAUUCACCAACAUGGUGUUUGACAAAAUUGACAUCAAUGGUGAUGGUGAGCUGUCGCUAGAGGAGUUCAUGGAAGGUGUUCAGAAAGACGAGAUGCUAUUGGAAAUGCUGACCAAGAGCCUGGACGUGUCCCAUAUCGUGAAAAAGAUCCAAGGGGAGAUGACUGUGAAUUCCUGAUACCACCACCAGCUUCACCUGUGUGCCUCACAUAAGGGAGAGGGAUGGAGGGAACAGUUCCUCUGGCCCGUCCCGGGACCCAAACUGAGUCGGCCCUAGAUGAUGUCAUCACCUUGUGCCGAGACGGAGGAGCUAUACGGGACUCAGCGGCUGCACUAGGACAAAAAAAAAUGGCCACCAGUCUACCUCCUUUGGGGCCUCCCCAGCAGGGCUGCUUGCAGAUCCAUUUGUCAGUUAGGCAGGGGUUUGCAAUCUGUGCUUGAUCUGCACUGUUAACCUGAUAGGAACAUGCUGUGGCCAGAUCCUUGCAGAUGGAUUUAGUUGGUUCAUUACCUCAGGUGAAAAUGUGCUUGUUUUAUUC